CAGGCCCCUCACAGGCUCCUCGGCCAGGGCACCCCGCGAGCAUGCUUUAGAGGACGGCGCCCCCUUGGCUCCUGGUCUCAAAAAACAGAGCCCCUCUCACAGCGCGCGCCAAGCCCCCAUCCCUUCCAGAUGCAGAGAGAGGCUGCGUUCAAGCCGGGGCACUGCCAUCCCCUCCGCAUCAUGGGGUCUGUGGACCAAGAAGAACCGAAUGCACAUAAGGUCGCCAGCCCACACUCCGGACUUGCAUACCAUGAUGAUGUCCUGGACUAUGGCCUCAAGCCAUACAACCCCCUCGCCAGUCUCUCUGGCGAGUCCCCCGGCCGAUUCGGAGAGCCGGAUAGGAUAGGGACCCAGAACUUUCUGAGCCCGGCCAAGCCAGCGGGGGCCUCGGGCCUGAGCCCUCGGAUCGAGAUCACUCCGUCCCACGAACUGAUGCAGGCAGGGGGGGGCCUCCGUAUGAGAGACACUGGCCUCCUGGGGGAGCAGGCGCCCCUGGCGGGGGCGGCCGCCAGCCCGAGGUUCACCCUGCCCGUGCCCGGCUUCGAGGGCUACCGCGAGCAGCCGCUUUGCUUGAGCCCCGCUAGCAGCGGCUCCUCUGCCAGCUUCAUUUCCGACACCUUCUCCCCCUACACCUCGCCCUGCGUCUCGCCCAAUAACGGCGGGCCCGACGACCUGUGUCCCCAGUUUCAAAACAUCCCUGCUCAUUAUUCCCCCAGAACCUCGCCAAUAAUGUCACCUCGAACCAGCCUCGCUGAGGACAGCUGCCUGGGCCGCCACUCGCCCCCUCACCCGCACUCCCGCAGCCCCUCACCGCAGCCCCAGGACGACGGCGCCCCCGCUGGGUACCCCCCAACGGCUGGCUCUGCCGUCCUCAUGGAUGCUCUGAACAGCCUCGCCCCGGACUCGCCUUGUGGGAUCCCCCCCAAGAUGUGGAAGACCAGCCCCGACCCGUCACCGGUGUCUGCCGCCCAGCCCAAGGCUGGCCUGCCCCGCCACAUCUACCCGGCCAUGGAGUUCCUGGGGCCCUGCGAGCAGGAGGAGAGGAGGAACUCGGCCCCCGAGUCCAUCUUGCUGAUGCCCCCGACGUGGCCCAAGCCGCUGGUGCCCGCUAUUCCCAUCUGCAGUAUUCCAGUGACUGCAUCCCUUCCUCCACUUGAAUGGCCACUCUCCCACCAGUCAGGCUCCUAUGAGCUUCGGAUUGAGGUGCAGCCCAAACCACAUCACCGGGCCCACUAUGAGACAGAAGGCAGCCGAGGGGCUGUCAAAGCUCCAACUGGUGGACACCCUGUGGUUCAGCUGCACGGCUACAUGGAAAACAAGCCGCUGGGGCUUCAGAUCUUCAUCGGGACGGCCGACGAGCGGAUCCUUAAGCCCCACGCCUUCUACCAGGUGCACCGGAUCACGGGAAAAACCGUCACCACCACCAGCUACGAGAAGAUCGUCGGCAACACCAAAGUCCUGGAGAUCCCGCUGGAGCCAAAAAACAACAUGAGGGCGACCAUCGACUGUGCGGGCAUCCUGAAGCUGAGGAACGCUGACAUUGAGCUGCGCAAAGGCGAGACGGACAUCGGCAGGAAGAACACGCGGGUGAGGCUGGUGUUCCGGGUGCACAUUCCCGAGGCCAGUGGGAGGAUCGUGUCCCUGCAGACCGCGUCGAACCCCAUCGAGUGCUCCCAGCGAUCUGCCCAUGAGCUGCCCAUGGUGGAAAGACAAGACAUCGACAGCUGCCUGGUGUACGGGGGCCAGCAGAUGAUUCUCACGGGCCAGAACUUCACGGCCGAGUCCAAGGUCGUGUUCACGGAGAAGACCACAGAUGGGCAGCAGAUCUGGGAGAUGGAGGCCACCGUGGAUAAAGACAAGAGCCAGCCUAACAUGCUUUUUGUUGAGAUCCCCGAGUACCGGAACAAGCACGUCCGCACGUCGGUGAAGGUGAACUUCUACGUCAUCAACGGGAAGAGAAAACGAAGUCAGCCUCAGCACUUUACCUACCACCCAGUCCCAGCCAUCAAGACAGAGCCCACGGAUGAAUAUGACCCCACCUUGAUCUGCAGUCCCGCCCACGGGGGCCUGGGGAGCCAGCCUUACUACCCACAGCACCCCAGGGUGGCCGAGUCCCCCUCCUGCCUCGUGGCCACCAUGGCUCCCUGCCAGCAAUUCCGCUCGGGGCUCUCAUCCCCAGAUGCCCGCUACCAGCAGCAGAACCCAGCGGCUGUCCUGUACCAACGGAGCAAGAGCCUGAGCCCCAGCCUGCUGGGCUACCAGCAGCCAGCCCUCAUGGCCACACCCCUGUCCCUCGAUGCCCACCGCUCCGUGCUGGUGCAUGCCGGCUCCCAGGGCCAAAGCCCGGCCCUGCUGCACUCCUCUCCCGCCAACCAGCAGGCCUCGCCGGUGAUCCAUUACUCACCUACCAACCAGCAGCUGCGCUGCGGGAGCAACCAGGAGUUCCAGCACAUCAUGUACUGCGAGAAUUUCGCACCCGGCACGGCCAGGCCCGGCCCACCCUCCGUUAGUCAAGGUCAGAGGCUGAGCCCGGGGUCCUACCCCACGGUCAUUCAGCAGCAGAAUGCCACAAGCCAAAGAGCCGCCAAAAACGGACCCCCGGUCAGUGACCAAAAGGAAGUAUUACCUGCAGGAGUGACAAUUAAACAGGAACAGAACUUGGAUCAGACCUACUUGGAUGACGUUAACGAAAUCAUCAGGAAGGAGUUUUCAGGACCCCCCACCAGAAAUCAGACGUAGAAGAAGCCAUUAGCAAGACACCUUCCGUACCUGUCCCCUCGGAGCCCUCCACGCCCCUCCCGUCUUCCUGACGGUCCCCGCCCGCCCGGAGUCCCACAUGGGCAGCGCUCCUCGGGGCAGGCAGCCGACUGGUCCAGGAGCUCGCCACCUCUCUCCGGAAACACAGCGAGGGCACUCUGCCUUUUGAUUUUUUUUUUGUCUUAAAUCCCAAAGAGCAUCUCAGUGGACUUUAAUGGUGUCCCGUCCAAACCUUAAGUGCCUGCUGACCAAAACCAAAUUCUGAUCAAGACAGCACGCCGGACCGCACCUGAGAGCGAGUGACGAGCUCACGGCACGGCUGGUGGGGGAUGGAAGACGCAGCCCUGUGGUUAAACCCCCUUCCUCGACUCAUUUCCCAGCCCCGCACCUUCCGGAGGAGAGGCGUUCCCAAACAGAACAGGCAAAGGAAGGUGGCCCAAGCGUCCAGCUCACAGGCUGAAGAAACAGAGGCCAGCCCGUCGUCCUUAGGGCCACCCGGGUGUGCCACAGCGGGGCCACGGCUAACACGUCUUCUUAAAUUCUCAUCCGGAAGCACAACUGUCUGGCCCCUACAAGAUCCCCCGUUAGAACUUCUUGGAGUUAAGUUAUGACAUGUAUGCUUUUUCCCUGCUUCAUGAGGCUGGCCGAGGUGGCUGGAGGUGGCGCCGCCCUGGCCAGCAGCUCCUGCCCUGCAGCGCGCCCCGGACUGGAGGUGACCCCGGCGGCAGAGUGAGCGCCCUGGCUGCAGCCACAACCUAACGGCUCUGCGACGUCCCCGUGCUUUCUUCCUAACAGCCAGAGUGCUUUCCCAUCAAGGCGUUACGAGACUCCCACGCAUGUGCAUUGCAUUUUCAGAAGGAAUGGCACAGGGCUAAAGCAACCCCCCCCCCCCCAAAAAAAAGCACAGGUAUUUUUGUGAAGCGGUUGUGAAAAGAGGCAGUUGGCAGGCCUGAGUGAGUGGGCUCCCAUAGCAGGGGGAAAGGGCUGAAUUCCCUCUUUCUGGCCUAGACUCCAAGUGGGACACGCAAGCUCAGGAUCUGGCCCUGAAGGUCAUUGGUUAUUUUGACCUGAACCUAUUGAAAGCCCCACUCAGCCCCAAAGACCUUUCUGCACAGCUGCCUCCUCCAGCACAGGACUCAUCUGAGUAGGGCAGGCCCACCCACGGUGCACCCUUAGGUAUGCGUGGCCCCGCCCCCUCGUUUCUCUCCCCUGGGCACAUCCAGGGUCCUCCAGCACCUCCCUCCUUUGGUGCAAUUUUGCCAACAAAACUCUCAAAGUUCUUAGCAGGUGAGUUUUUAUCACAAAGAUGUAUUUUGUUUGCAUUUCCUGCAGACACCCCAGGACGCGCCAGGGAUUCGUUCUCAUCCACUCAGUGGCUUCCCUAGUAACCAACAGUGAGUGUAUGCCUGGCGCUCUGCGAGAGGCUGUGCCCCAGAGAUUUCCGAUCAAGUCCGCUAGGUAGAGGGGAUCACGGCAGGUGGGGGUCCCCUGUGGGUUUUCUCAGUGCUGGCUUUCUCAUGGAGGUUCCCCAGAGGUCACACGUCCCCGGGAGCCGGGCCCGGAGUGCAGGACUUGGUGACCAUGGCCCGGUGUGUUUGGUGCCCCAGAGGGAGGACAGAAUGCCCAGGUUGGGCCUUUGCACCCUCCUGUCUAUCACCUUUUGCUCAAGAUAACCUUUGACCCCAAGGGCAGAGGCCCACGCCUCCACCCACCCAAGCACAAAGUUUAGCAAAAAUCCUUUGAAACAGACGGAAUGCCAGUAAGAAGGCGACCGCUGCUGCAAAGCUUCGGGGAUGCAGAAUUCUUCCUCAUAGAGAUCCUUCCACAAGCAGCUCUACCCAAAGACCUUUCUCGCCAGCAACACUGACUUCACCGGGAAGAGUUCGAGUGCGCGGCGAGUGACGUCCUCUCGCGGACCUGGCCAGGAGCCACUUCUUUUGCACAUGAGGAAAUUUGGCCUUUCCUCGGCUAUCUGAAUGUCUUACCAAGUGCCUUCCUGCUAUUGUAGCAAAGUCGCUCAGCUUCCCUGAGCAUGGGGUGAAAAAGGGCUAAUGCGUUUUCCAUCCAUCUUCUAACCAUGUGAGUGGCAAGGGCCUCCUGUGAGUUCAGACCCCUGUAUGUACACGUGUGUGUGUGUGUGUGUGUGUGUGUGUGUUAUACACACACAAACUCUCUUUUUCUAAGACAUCUUAGCUGGAUAUUAUAGGAAGCAUUUCCACAAAACAACGAUCCCAGACAGCAAAGGAAAGAGAAGCAAGGACGUUCGUUUUGAGACAUAAAUAGGCAAGCAAACAUGCUAUUAGGAGCCGACAGCUAUGGAGAAAGUUUUGUCAGUUACAGAUGCCGGAGGAAAUUUUGCCAAGAGUAAUUGCUCAUGAACUACUUUCAGGAUGGGAAGAGGCCGCCGAGUCCUCUAAGAGAAGGAGAAAGCAGGGACGUCUACAUGGUGGAGGGGUGUGUGUUGCCCAUGUGUUAGAAGGACCUCGGUGAGGUGGAUGUUUGCACUUGCUACUUUCAAGGUCAGUGCGACAGGUAGCACUUCUAGCAGAGACCUACCGUGUUGCUGAAUGUAGUCUAUCUCCAAAGUUUGCCAGUCUUCCCGCGUUGUACAAAAAUACUGCUGCUUGAUAAUAUAUAAUAGCGAUCCAAAUUAAUUAGUAUGUCAUUAAAUUUUAUUUUCUUAUCUGUAUUUUUAUGCUUUUUAUCUGUCCUCACCAUAGUGCACCCCGGUUGGAAUUAGAAGAAUAUUUAUAAAUGGUCAGAAGUCUUUUUCCAGUGUAUCUUUUAACAUCUAUGUUGAUUUUUCCCCCCUAAGAGAGAUGAUGUAUUCUUGAAAAGGUGUUAAUCAUUCCAGGAAACAAGACAAAAACCCCACCUCAGAGCCUGUUAGUCACCUGUCUCCCAGACAGAAGCAUCUCCGGAGAGAGGGGGAGUGGCUUUGUGGCAGAAGGAACCACCUGUCUUGCUUGAGACCAACGCUGCCUGACUCCAGCUCUGAGCCUCAAUCUUGUCACCAAGGGGAACUGUAUUGUAAAGUGUUUAGAUCCCCCAGUAAGUAGAUGGUAUCAAACACCUGCCUGUGUUGUAAGGGGAUUCCGGAAGCACCCGUGUUCACAGAACGCCAAGUGCAGGCUAAUGUUUACAGAGCUGACUGAAUCCCGGUAGAUGACCCCCACACACACACAUUAUGCAGAGGACACGGCCUCUGAUGACAUGCCUGGUUCCUUCUAAGAGCUGGGAAGCACUGGAGUGCUUUUCCUGCUUACAUCAGCCUCGGCCGAGGUGGCGGCUGCCCCAUUGAGACAGAUCGGAAACCAAUGUGUUCUGAUUGUCACUCUGGACGAAAGCGAGGCAGAAUUUGUUUAUUUUAAUGUCAAAAGACACUUCCCAAGUGCUUUCUAUUGUUCAAAAUGGAAAGAGUGUCAGGGGUCUGGUUAACAACUGCUCGCUUCGUGUUUACAAAAAGCAGGGGGUGGUGACAUUCUUGGCAAGCAGGGCAAUAAACGUUCCUGAACUUAUAUUCUUGGAAGGACAGCGCUCUAGCAGGCACCCAACACACCUUGACCUGGUGUCUUCCAAGCUUGAGACUUGGGCAUUCAGGCCCACGGAGCCCCACCGGCCAAUGCGCGUGUUUUCCUGCAUCCCAGCUAAAGGGAAGCUGGGAUGGCAGGCACCCAUCCCCCCAGCUUUCCCGAGUCCCCGAGUUACAGCCAACAUCACUGUCUUAACUCAGUUUGUUCAAAAACAAACUUCUCUGGUGCUGGUGAGCUAGAGGUGCUCCUUGAGCAAGUCCCUCCCAAGGCGGAGCCGGGGUGCUGGGUGCCGGGGGAAAGGUCGAACGCAGCUGUUGCCCGAGGAGAAUAAACACCUGCCUCUUCAGGGUUUGCAUGAACUGGAUGCAAAUGAUGCUGCUUCCAGGAGAGGAGGUGCUUCCAGCAUUCUGAUUGGCUGUGGUUGGCCGAGCUUAGCAUCCUGAACACAUGGGCAGAACCUCACUUACCCCAGUGGCCGCCGCGGCCCUCCGAGGGGAGAGAGGGCUGAGAAUGUCCACCUGAGUUCCUCGCGAUCCACGUCUCUCCAACUGGUGCUGCUGGGAGGCUUAGGUUUUGAACAUCGACUGUUAAAGGAGUUUGAAUACAUCACAUUCCUAUGCAAGACGUUUUUAAUCUCCAGUUUAAUGUAGUUUAUUUUUGCUAUCUGUAAAGUAUUUUUAUACGGCUUGUAUCAUGAUAGUUUAGCAAUAAAAGAGUUGAAAGCACCGGC